AUGUGCUACUCCACUUCGACGGCGCUUAGCACUGACCUGCCACGAUGGACGCUGUUAGACGCCGGGUGGGAUGGCAUAUCAAAAUGUCCCUUCUUGUUUAGCUCAGCCUUGCUCUUGAAGACCGAACAUCCAGUUGUAGACUUCAGCAGAGAGGAUCCCGUCGAUCCGAGUGUGCUGGCAGAACUACCCAAGGGCAGCCGUGUCAUAUCCACCGAGGAGCAUGGCAUAAGCUUCUGGGGCACUACUGGCCGGAUCAACGUUGAAUUGGCUGAUGGAACACCCGUUUCAUUCUUCAUCAAGGCCGUGACGAAGGAAAGGGGCAAGAACAUGGUUUACGGGGAGGAUUGCCCAGAUACACACUUCUUCCUCUGCGGAUAUCGUGAUAUGGCUGCUGACAUGCCUGACCCGGAUAAAUCCGCUGCUCGGUUGGCUGCUCUUCAUAACAACAGCGCAUCUCCGACGGGGAAAUUUGGCUUCCAUGUGGUCACCCACAAUGGCAAUUUGCCACAAAUGACUGACUGGGAGGAUAGUUGGGAGAUAUUCUUUGCUAAGAGCAUGAGGCACGCUCUUGAUCUUGAGACUGCAGUCAAAGGCUGGGACCCAGAAUUGGAUUUCUUAGUUCCAGCGUUGUUUGAAAGGGUCAUACCGCGCCUACUCCGGCCACUUGAGAGCGAAGGAUGGUCAGUGAAGCCUUCGCUGAUCCAUGGUGACCUGUGGUACGCCAAUUCGGGCAUCGACACGGAGACAGGAGAGUCGCUUGUGUUUGAUGCAUGCUGCUUCUACGCCUACAAUGAAUGUGAGUUAGCAGGUUUCUAUGGUGAAGGCACUGAAGCUGACCGACGGGACACCAAUGAAGACGAAUUUGGGCAAUGGCGGCCGAUCUGUAACCGAUUCGGUGACGAAUACCUGGAGGCCUAUCGUUCCUAUGCUCAGAUUUUGCCACCGGAGGAGGAUUACGACGGGCAGCAGAUACUCAACGAUAUCCGAGAUUUGGUGGCCAGGUACGGGUCUGGAGUAGAAUAUGAGGCUUCAGAAGCGUCUGAAGGGCGAUCUCAGUGA